CCGUCGCGGCAUUCCCAUGUCGGCCGCUGUGCUCCCUUCCGUCGCCACCGCCCGGGAAUCCGGCGGCGGCCACAGUGUUGCCCUCAACGCCGAUCGCGCCGUGUCGCUCCUCGUCGCCUGCUCGACCGCCCGCCGCGCCUCCGAGCUCCACGCUGCCCUGCUCCGCGCGGGCCUCGACAGCGACCGGGCGGUCGCCUUCCGCCUGCAGCACGCCUACGCCGCGUCCGGCCGCCUCGACCACUCCCUCACCCUCCUCCGCCGCACCCAGGACCCCACCGCCAUCUUCUACACCUCGGCCAUCCGCGCCCACUCCUCCCGCGGCCUCAGCCUCGCCGCGCUCGCGCUCCUCUCCGACAUGCUGUCCGACGGCCUCCUCCCCACCGCCCACACCCUCUCCGCCUCCCUCCCCGCCUGCCGCGGAAUCUCCCUCGGCCGCGCCCUGCACACGUACGCCUUCAAGCUGGCCCUCUCCGGCGACUCCUACGUCGCCACCGCGCUGCUCGGCAUGUACGCGCGGGCGGGGGACGCCGCCGCCGCCCGUGCGCUGUUCGACGAGAUGCAGCCGGACCCGCACGUCGUGUCCGUCACGGCGAUGCUCACCUGCUACGCCAACAUGGGUGCGCUGGAUGACGCGCGCAGCCUGUUCGACGGGUUGCCCAACAAGGACUUCAUCUGCUGGAACGCUAUGAUUGACGGGUACACGCAGCACGGGAAGCCCAACGAGGCUCUCCAGUUGUUCCGGCAGAUGCUGAGAUCGAGUGUCCAGCCUGACGAGGUGACUGUCGUGCUGGUCCUGUCUGCGGUUGCACAGCUUGGUACGGCGGAGUCAGGGAAGUGGCUCCAUUCCUAUGUCAACAACAGUCGACGCGUUCGACUCAAUCUCAGAGUGGGCACCGCACUUGUUGACAUGUACUGCAAGUGUGGAAGCUUGGAGGAUGCGGUCGCUGUUUUCCAUGGAAUUGCUGACAAAGAUAUUGUUGUGUGGAACGCCAUGAUCAAUGGUUAUGCAAUGCACGGAGAAAGCACAAGGGCACUGGAGAUGUUUGCGCAAUUGCGGGAGCAGGGCCUCUGGCCGACAGAUAUCACCUUCAUUGGCUUGCUCAAUGCUUGCAGUCAUUCUGGGCUUGUUGAGGACGGCCGCAAGUUCUUCCGAUCAAUGGAGCAGGACUACGGCAUUGAUCCCAAAAUCGAGCACUAUGGUUGCAUGGUGGACCUUCUUGGUCGUGCGGGGCUCGUAGACGAAGCAUUCCAUCUUGUCCAGAGCAUGACAGUAACACCUGACGCUGUCUUGUGGGUGUCACUACUUGCCGCAUGCCGGCUUCACAAGAAUAUGGCGUUAGGCCAGCAGAUUGCAGACUAUCUUGUCGCCAAGGGGUUAGCCAACUCGGGGAUGUAUAUCCUCCUCUCCAACAUCUACGCAGCUGUUGGUAAAUGGGAAGAAGUUGCGCAGGUGCGGUCGAUGAUGAAGGCUAGUGGCAUCCAGAAAGAGCCUGGUUGUAGUGCCAUUGAGAUAGACCGGAAGGUAUACGAGUUCGUUGCAGGGGAUAUGAGCCAUCCCCGCACCGAUGAAAUAUAUGCCAUGCUAGACAAGAUGAAUGGCCUAGUGAAGGAGCAUGGACAUGUUCCACAGACUGAGAUAGUUCUGCAUGACCUGGAUGAGCCGAUGAAGGAGAGGGCACUUGCGGUACACAGCGAGAAGCUUGCCGUUGCAUUUGGACUGGUAAGCACAGAGCCUGCAGCGACGAUCAAGAUUGUCAAGAACCUACGGGCGUGCUCUGACUGCCAUGCAGUGUUGAAGCUGGUAUCGAAGAUCACUGGCAGGAAGAUUGUGUUCAGAGACAGGAACAGGUUCCACCAUUUUGUCGACGGGUCCUGCACUUGUGGCGAUUACUGGUGAUCCCAUGAUGCAAACUCAAACUUUACGCAGAGUAAAUAGGGCUACUGACAUUUGUGCUGCUAAUUGAGAUACAGUGGUAAUGUGUGAACUACAGUUGCUUUUACGAACUACGUUGGUGAGGGUCCAUUUUACACACAUUUAAAUCUACCCCUGAGGUUGUCAACCAUAAAAUGGUGUGCAAGUAUAAAUGUCACUUAGGGCUUAUAAAGGUUCGGAGAUUUCCUUA